UUUGCAGUUGGUAUCUGUCACUUGCGAUUUGCAUUUUGAUUUUUGCAUGGAAAAGAAAACUAAAAAAAUGUGCAAGAAAUCAAAAUAAAAAAAACUUGAAUAGAUUUUGAAACCUUAAGAAUUCAUUAUUCAUUGCAGGUAGCACAUUUUGAACUUUUUCUUAAAGUAAUUCAAUAAUACAAUGGAUGCUGCUGAUCGUCUCCUAAAUAAUGAAAGGCUGGUGACUCGAAGUGAUUUAGAAGAAGAUCAGUUGUUUGUGAAGCCCCAGUCUUCGGGGGUGAAUGUUGAUUUAGUCAAUGAGUGUAAAGUUUUUAUUAAGGCUGAAGAUGGAAGUGGCGAUGCGCAAGUGAGCACAACUGCGGCGAUGUUGCCUGGCCCCUCAGCUAUUGCUCAAGAUAAACCAAGUUUUGUCACUUCUACACCCGAUCAGAAGAAGGAGACGCCAUCGGAAAACCAAAUUGUAGACUCAAAUCCAGAAUGUGACAUGGAGGAUGGUGUUUCUGAACUGCCCAUGGAUGAUGGACUUCCAAGCACGGUGACAGUGCUUGAUGCUCCUGAUGGUGGCAAAGUGUAUCUAGUGGGCACUGCCCACUUCAGCAUACAGUCUCAAGAAGAUGUGUCCAGGGUGAUACAAGAAGUGCAUCCUCAUAUUGUGAUGGUGGAAUUAUGUGAGCAGAGAACUAAUAUUCUGUUAUUAGAUGAAGAAGUCAUACUUAGAGAAGCUAAGAACAUUAAUAUUAAAAAGAUCAGAGCAACAAUGGCUCAGAACGGAGUUUUUAAUGGAUUGAUGUAUAUACUGUUAUUGAACAUGUCGGCGCAUAUCACAAGAGAAUUGGGGAUGGCGCCUGGUGGCGAAUUUCGACGUGCAAUGGCCGAGGCUAAGAAAAUCCCCAGCUGCAUUGUACAUUUGGGUGACAGAGCAAUAGACAUUACUCUUCACAGGGCUAUUGCGUCCCUAUCUUGGGGACAGACCAUAAGGUUCAUUUGGCAUUUGCUCACAUCUAACCAGACCAUAAGCCUGGAAGAAGUAGAAAAAUGUAAACAAAAGAAAAUGCUGGAAGAUAUGUUGGAGGAGAUGGCUGAAGAGUUCCCGGCUUUAAAGCGCGUGUUCGUUGUCGAACGAGACAUGUAUCUCUGCCAUUCUCUACAAGUCGCAGCUUUGAUUCCACGGCGGGAGCCGUGCCGCAUUGUAGGCGUAGUUGGCAUUGGGCACGUGGCGGGUAUUGUGGAGCACUGGGGCAAAAUCAAACCCCAAGACAUUCCACCACUACUUCAAGUUCCGCCGCCGUCGCUGUCGACUCGUGUGAUCCGAGUGACGAUCCGCGUGGCCUGCGUUGGUGCACUGAUCUACGCCGGCUACAAGCUCAGGCCGCGGCGCUGGUUUCCUUGAUGACUAAAUACUUGCCUUUUACGAUUGUGGGUGGUCGAUUCAUCUUUGAAGACUAAAUAACAAGAAGCUGAUUUAUGUCGUUUGAUUCUGUGAAUGUUUUAAAAUAAUACCUUGCAAUGAAACUAUUACCUAAAAUGCAAUUUGUCGUAAGAGAGUUAGCAUUUAGGUUACUCGUUAAAAGAAAUUGGCCAUAGAUUAUAAAAAAAGAUAGUUCAUUAUGAUCUUUAAAAAAUAGAAAGAUGUUAUUAUAUUAUUAAAUGUAGGAUUGAAAAACCUAUUGAUAAAAAUAAUAUUAUCGUAAGACAAGUUCAUUGCUAGAUGUAGCCUUAUAGUGAUAACAAUACCUGGGAUUGCGUGUUUGCCUUUGCACUAGGAAUAUGAAAAUAGAAACUAGCUCAUAGAUAUACACAGAAUGGAAUGGGACUUUGUUAUUUUUCAAUCAAAUAUGUUGAAGUUUGAUGGGGUUUACAGUUGGAUUUGAAAGUUAUUUAAAAAGUUGACAUUGUUUUACGAAUAUAGUUGUCGGAAAAGCAACAAAGUUCCAUUUUACAUUCAAAUGUUUUGCCUUUCUGUAAAAUGAUUUAGAAUAGAGUAGCUUUUUUAAUAAAUUCGCAAUUACUGAUAGGGUAAACAAGUCCUUAUUUGAGCUUAUCAAUAUGUUUGCACUUCGUUGAUAUUCGUUACUUUUCUGUAAGAAGUUUUUUAGUUAAGGUUUUAACUUCAGUACCCUAGUCUUGAAUUAAAGCAACUUUUGGAAAGCUCUUAUGUUAAUUGACAAUUAAAAUAAAAAGGGCUCGUUGUUUUUGAAGUUUCACAAUAUGGACGUCAAAAACCUGUAGCUAAAACUGAUUUGUAAAAUUUGGUUAGGUUAUUAUUGUUAUUAGAUUAUAAACCACGGCAAACCGACUGGGUUUACACUCUAUGCAUUUUUGAGUUUUUCAGUUAUUGUUAUCAGUUUUAAAAUAAAUGCUAGGUUAUUUAAUCAUUAUACAGAUAUGUAAUUAAAUUGGUUCAUUUUCUUAUUGGU